AUGAAUGAAAAAGAACAACUCCAUGGACUGAACGGCCGUUUUGCUGGGUUCACGGAAAAGGUGCAUAAUUUGGAGCAUCAAAAUGAAUUGCUCGAGAAGGAGAUUGAGGAUAUUAAAGAGAAGGCACAGUCUAAAAUAUCUCUGGCCAGGAUGCAUGACCACGAGAUUAGAGAUCUCAGGAAACAAAUUCAUGACAUCACACUUGAGAAGCUUCAGAUCAAGAUAGAACAUCAGAGGCUGGAGGAAGACUUCUUCACCUUGAGAGAGAAAUACGAACAGGAGGCUUGGGACCGAUCGAAUGCAGAGAACAGCAUCCUGGUGCUGAAAAAGGAUGCAAAUGAAGCAUACCUGGACACACUUCAGCUGGACAAGAAAGCGCAGGCUCUGGUGGAAGAGAUCCACUUUCUGAAGAAGAACCAUGAAGACGAGGUGUCUGAGAUGGUGGUUCAGAUUCAAGAGGCUCGGAUGACAAUUGAGGUGCACGCUUCGGAUAAACCUGACAUCACUGCGGCUCUCCGGGACAUCAGGAUGCAGCUGGAAUGUCACGCUUCCUCCGACACCCAGAAAGCAGAGGAGGGCUUCCGCGUCCAGUUUACAAAGUUGACCAAAGAGGCAGAAAGCAACAGAGAGGCACUGAAGAAGAUCCAGCAGGAGAUCCAAGAGAACAGAAGGCAACUCCAAGGAAAGAACAUUGAAUUGGACUGCACGAAAGGAACAAAAGAUGCCCUGGAAAAACAAAUACAUGAGCUGCAAGAGCGUCACUAUGAAGAAAUGAUUCAUUAUCAGGACACAGUCAGACAGCUGGAGAAUGAACUGACUAAUGCUAAAUUAGACAUGUCUGGUCACCUGAGAGAGUAUCAAGACCUGCUAAAUGUCAAAAUGGCUUUGGAUGUGGAAAUUAUCUCCUACAGGAAACUCCUGGAGGGUGAGGAAUCCCGUCUGUCCACCAUCUCUGAUACCCACAUCUCCAUGCCCUACAUCUACCGCCAGUCCCCUGUCUACACCCUGCCUUGCUUGGCUGGACAGGGACACCCAAAACACAGGUCUGAGCCUCAAUACAAGUUUGUAGAGGAGAUCAUCACAGAGACCACCAGAGAGGUUGAGAUGUCAGAGUUUGAGGAGGCAGGUUCCAAGGUGAUGGCCGGGGGAGAAGGUGAAACUAAGGAGCAAGAAGAGGAGAAAAGAGAGAAGAGUGAAAAAGCUGGAAGGAGUUGGGAAGAGGGGGUGAAAGAGGAUGAUGGAGGUAAAGUGAAUCUUAAACAGGAGUCUGAGGAACAGCAGGUGGAAACAUCAGCACAGGUUAAGAUGAGUGGAGUUAUAUCUAGUGAAGGAGGAAAAAGAAAGGAAGAAGGUGACGAGGAAGAGGAGGAAAAGGAGGAUGAGCCAGACACAGUUAGAGUAAAAGACACUCCAACUAAAGCCAGCUCAGCUGAGGUCCCCAGUCAGGGAAAGAAUGACAAACUGGACAAUCUAGAAGAACUACACUGUGAGAAAAAGGAUGUGGGGAAAACAUUGACAGCAAAAGAUGACAGCCCAAAACAUGAGAAGUCCCAACAAGUGGCUCCCCUGAAGGUUGAUAUUUUCACUGAAACCAAAACUUUACAGUCAAAGGAUAGCAAAACAGAACGUUCAGUAAAGGAUCAACCACAGGACACCACUGGGGAUGCCUCCAAAGAGUCCAAACAGGUGUCUGAGGACAGAAGGAAAGAAAGCCAAUUAAAAGAGCUACAUUUGCAGAGUAAUCCAGCUAUCGAACAGAAACAUGCUCAGAAGGAGAGCAGGGAGUCAGACCAACAUGAAGAGCCAGAGAAACCUGGGAUAGUGCUGGAAUACUUUAUCCAUGAGCCAUCAACAAAGAGCAGAGAUUCUGGUGGAAAACCAAUGCAGGAUGAUAAAACAUUAUUUGGUAAAAUUCUCAAUGAAAUUCCCAGUACAACAACUGAGUGUAAUGGAAAGCAUGAGCCAAAAUCUUCUGAAAAGGAAUCAGAGUGUAAAAUGAGGAACAAGGAUGGUAAUGUAAACAUUAGUGUAAAGAAGGAACCUACUGAAAAAGUAACCGAAAAUACUUCAACACAUGAGGAAAAACUUCAAGAAUCUGAGAUAUCCUCUAAACCAGAUACAACCACACCCCCUAAAGAAGAAACAACCUCAAAAUCAGAACCCAUCCUCACUCCCAAAGAUGAAACAACCCCAAAACUAGAUCCAAUUCUCCCCCCCAAGGUCAAAAUAUCCCCUAAACAGGACACAACCUUCACCCCUAAAAAUAAAGAAACAACCCUCAAAUCAGAACCCACUAUCAAUCUCAAAGAAGAAUCCACACCAAAAUCAGAACAAACUGGGACCCUUAAAGAAGAAACAUUGAAACUGGACCCAUCCGUCACCCCUAUAUUAGAAUCGUCAGCCAAACCAGACAUAAUAAUCACACAUAAAACAACCCCCAAAUCAGAACUUACCGAAACAUCCAAAGAAGACGAUUCCCAAAAACCAGAACCAUCUGCUGCUCUUAAAGAAGAUACAACACCAGCGCUGGAUCCAAACAGUACCCCUGAAGAAGAAACAACCCCCAAAUCAAAAUCAUCCAUCGCUCCUAAAGAAGAAGCCUUCCCAAAACCAGAACCAUCUGCCUUUUCUAAAGAAGAAAAAUGCAAACCAGACCCAACCAUCACCCCUAAAGAAGACAUUUUAACCAAAGCAGAUAAAAGCCUCACCUCUAAAGAUGAUAUAUCCAAACUGGACCAAACCUUUCCUCCUGAGGACAAGAGAUCCCCUAAACUGGACCCAAACAUCACCCCGAAUGAAGACAUUUCAUGA